AUGACUCGCGGCUACUGUUGGUCGGCGCUCCUAGCCCUGCCCCUGCUCCUCGCGCCCGGCGCGCUUGGCGCGUCCCUCAAGGCCGGCGGCCUGACCCAGGGCCCCGAAUUGGCCCACCGCCGCGCGCUGCUGGGCGCAGACAGCGCGGCCGCCACCAUCACCGCCUCGGGUGGCACCACCUACAUCGGCGGCGCCAACCCCACCAUGGUCUCCGCCACGCCCAUCAAGGGCGGCGCCGCGGGCGCCGAGUCCGCCUACAACGACGCCAUGGCAAAGCACGCGCAGAGCAUGUCGUGGCACAACCAGGUCAUGGGCGGCGGCGGCGGCGCGCCCGCCCCAGCGUGGCCCGCCGCCGCCGCCGGCGCCUGGCCAUACACGGCCGCCUGGGCGAGCGCCCCUGCAUGGCCCGUGGUGUCCGCUUGGCCGAAGAACGACUUCUGGUACAGUUGGGCGCCCUGGACGGCCCCGGCCGUGUGGGCGCCGGCCGGCAAGGGGGCCGCCAUCCCCCCCAGCGUCGCCGCGUUCAGCGCGCCGCCCGCGGGCGCGCAGGGCAUGACGUUUGGCCAGUCCAUGGCGAUGCACCAAGACCUCAUGCGGGCGGCCGGCGAAAGCAUGGCGUGGCAGUCGCGCGUCAUGGGUUGA